AUGGAAGCAGUGUUAUUUCCUACAGCCAUAGGAUAUAACGAAGGUAUCGAAUAUAUAACCAAAAUUUGACUAAGAUAACACUAUUCUUUCAACGACGCACGCCUUUAAGAAAUAUAUAUUGCAAUAUAAAAGCUGUAUACUCCUCAUGUCUUACUGAGAACUGAUACAGUGAUGAUGGAGCAAGAGGAACAUGUCUGUAAAUAUUUAUACGUUUCAACUUAGUACAAGAAUUUCUAAUUCAUUUCUUUUCAUAUUAGGAUACUGAAUUUGAGAGAUCAGCAGUUACAGCAAUCAAAAUGACCAACAAAAAAGGAACUGUUCCAGAAAAAUCAAGAGAGGAAAUAAAAGCAGAACGCGAAGCAAAGAAGGCUGCUAAAGCUAAUGCUAAGGCAAAGGCUAAAUCCACUAAAACGUCAAACAAAGACCCUUCAGAUAAUAAUAAACCUAUCCCUUCCAAUAGUAUUAAGAUUAAAAAAGGCAAUGGUAUACCAGAAACUGUAACUAACAAAAAUAUUGAAUGUCCUAAUGAAGUACUAGUACCGGUACCGGAACCAGUACCAAUACCACUACCAGUAAUCAGUAAGACUCCAAAUAUAUGUGAAAAAAAUGAGAAAAUAGUACCAGAAACCGGUAGUGAAGGGAAGAGCAAAGCGGUAUUACGAGCAGAAAGAAGAGCAAAGCAAGAAGCACAAAGAGCAGCUAAACAACAAAUUUUAUCAGAAAAAAAUAAAGUUAGAAGUAAAGAAGAAGAUAAUAAUAAUAAUAGUAAUAAACCUGUAACGCACACUACCAGUGUGACAGAUAUAGUGAAAAAAGUAUCAACACAAAAAAAAAUCAUUCAAAAAAUUAACACUCAUGAAAUAAAUCUGUUCAAACAUUUAUAUCACGAAAGAGAACAGGCCAUUGUUGAUGUAUCCUUUGUCAAUUCGAAUAUACAUCCGGCAAUAAUUAGAUUAGGUACGCAAUAUGCAAGCAAAGUAAUUGUAGGCAGCAACGCAAGAUGCGUUGCUCUUUUAGCUGCUGUUAAGCAACUUAUUCAGGACUUUGAAAGACCACCACAGGCUGACUUUAUCCGAGGUUUCGAAGCAAAUUUGCAAGAAUCUGUAGCCUACUUGCAUCAUUGUAGGCCAUUGGCUGUUUCAAUGCAGAAUGCAUUAAGGCACUUAAAAUGGCAAAUGACACAGUUUCCCUCUUCAUUGUCUGAUGAGGAUGCCAAAAAUAAAUUAAGUAAUGCAAUAGAUACUUACAUACGGGAGCAAAUAGAGCUUGCCGAUAAGGCAAUAUCGAUAACUAUACAAACUAAAAUAUCCAAUGGAGAUGUUAUCUUAACUUAUGGCUAUUCAUCUUUGAUACAUAAAAUAUUGUUAGACGCGCACACCGCGGGUAAAGAGUUUCGUGUUAUUGUCGUGGAUGGAAGACCAUGGCUAGAAGGGAAAGAACAACUUAGGCGUUUAGCAAAACAUGAAAUUGAAUGCUCUUACAUUUUAAUUAAUGCUUUAAGUUACGUGAUGCCUGAAGUGAGCAAAGUGUUUCUUGGUGCUCAUGCAAUAUUAGCGAAUGGUGCGGUAAUGUCGAGGGUUGGUACCGCUCAGGUUGCCUUAAUGGCCAGAGCGUUUAAUAUUCCAGUGUUAGUCGCUUGCGAAACUCAUAAGUCUUGCGAACGCGUACAGACAGAUUCUAUUGUCUAUAAUGAAUUAGGAAAUGCAGAUGAGCUAGUACAAGAUUAUGGAAAUGGUGUGCAAAAAUCAUUAUUAACGAACUGGAGAACAAGAAAGUCGUUGAAUCUUUUAAAUAUUAUGUACGAUGUUACACCAGCUAAUUUAGUGACAGCUGUUGUUACAGAAUUAGCCAUUCUACCAUGCACUAGUGUUCCUGUGAUUUUACGUAUUAAGCCAUCAGAGAUAUAAAUUUUACUAUGCCAUGAUUAUUUCACAUAGCGUUCAAAUAUCAAUAUAAAACGUGUAAUUACCGCGUUCUCUAUACCCGUGUAUAUAAAUUUGUUUUUAGCCGAAUUUUCAAAAUUGUAACACUUCAAGAACAGGGAAAUAUACACUGCGACCUGCUUUUUUACUCAUGCCUUUAAAGGAAUUAUUUUACAUACUAUUAUUGUAUAUUAUGUUGUAUACCUUAAAAUAAAUUUCUGAAACAUUAA